UGACGUGAUUACUUUUCAAAGUUGAAACACAUAUACAUUUAUUGGAAGUCGAAAAUGGAACGAAAUGUAUGUUAAGAAGAGAAUAAGGAUUAAAUUAAGCUAAAAAUAUGUAGAAAAUGUACAAAUAAAUGUAUUUUAGGCAGCACUACUCAUUAGUCGCCGAGAUCAACCGGAAGUAAUGCGUGAUCUGCUGUGUUUUACCUUUAUCAGUUUCCCUUAAUAGAAGAGAAGCAGUUUUCCAUUUUGACUGUCGUAUGUUUUAGUUUACACAGUUAUAUAAUUUUGUUUCGAUUAGGCGUAUUGGUGGUGUAUUAUCUGGUGGACUAACUACCGUUUGGAGCGGAAUGGCGGAGUCGAGCGCCAGGUAUCAGCAGCUGCCCAAUGAGGAGGACAGUGAGGAGAGCCCCCAGGUUGCAGCUGAUGCUCCUCCUCCAUACAGCAGCAUCGCAGCGGACAGUCCUGCCUACUUUGACUACAAGGUAGACGGGGUUCUCCCUAAGCCUCCAUCCUACAAUGUAGCAACGACGCUCCCUUCCUAUGACGAAGCAGAAAGAACUAAAGCGGAGACCUCUGCUCCCCAGCUGACUGGAAGAGAUGAAGACUUCGUCACCAGAGAUGAUUUUGAUGAUGCUGAUCAACUGAGAAUAGGAAAUGAUGGCAUCUUUAUGCUCACGUUCUUCAUGGCCUUCCUGUUCAACUGGAUCGGCUUCUUCUUGUCUUUCUGUCUGACCACUUCGGCGGCCGGACGCUACGGGGCCAUCUCUGGCUUCGGACUCUCCCUCAUCAAAUGGAUUCUCAUCGUCAGGUUCUCCACAUACUUCCCGGGUUACUUUGAUGGACAGUACUGGCUGUGGUGGGUGUUUCUGGUAUUGGGCUUCUUGCUCUUCUUCCGCGGAUUCAUCAACUAUGCCAGAAUCCGCAAGAUGGCCGACACUUUCUCCACUCUGCCCCGCACCCGAGUCCUAUUCAUCUACUAAGCCCACAAAGAACCAGUAUUUCUUAUAUUUCAUGUUUGUUUCUGCCAUGACACAAACCGUCAGACAUUUUCCAGUGAGAAAGGGUAAUUUUGUAUUUUCUCUCAUUGAAACAAAUUGAACAGAUUGACGUUAGUCACCCCUGUCCCCUUUUCUUUUUGGCGUUAAACGGUAAAUACAGAGAACUCUCUAUUGUGCUUCAGCUUUUGAUGGUAAGCUGUGAAGUGCUCUCUAUAAUUAUGAAAUUUCCAAAUGAAUGCCUUUCUCAGUUUUGUUGCAGAAGUUAUCUCUUUUGCCACCAGGGGGCACUAUUGUAUGUGUUAUUUUGCCUCAAAUUAGUGCAGAAGAGACUGAUCAACAAGCCAGGUCUCUGGGUGAUUUGCAGGUUAUGGGUUGAUUUAUGCAUCAUGAGAAGAUUUACUAAAGGUUAAACUUAAUAUGCUUUUAAAUUCUCCAAUCAGUGCUGUUUGUUGCUAAUUAAAUAAUAAACAAUGCAGUAGAUGUAAAGGGAAUAUGUUAAAGACUUUUUAUUUUUUUGGUUCAGUUGCUAAGAGGACCAAAGAGGGCCAGCUGUCACAUUUUACCAUAAAGAUUUAUUUUUCAUGCAUUCACAAAUUGUUGGUGUAUUUGUUUUCUUUUUUUAUUACCUGCUGAAAUGUUGAUCACAGAGAAAGCUUUUUGGAUACGAUUAUAACUGUUCUCUGGAUUUAGAUGUGCAAUGUUACAUUUCAAACUAAUAAAUUACUCCAACCAAUGAAA